UCUCAUUUUCUUCCGAUUUUGCAACCAACUCUAACUGACCAUUUUAUCAAACGCCAUAAUGGCCGCCGUCCCUCCACCGCCGGCGAUCCUCCCCGUCUCAAACCAAAAAACAGCUCCCGCCGCCGAAGAAUCCCAGCCUCCCGUCGCCACCCCUGCUGUUCGAGCACUCAUCAAUCACAUCACCGCAACCGUUCGCUCUGGUCUCUCCGAUCGCCGUCCAUGGCCCGAACUCGUCGACCGAUCUGCCUUCUCCAAACCUGAAUCCAUUACCGAUGCUACAACAAGGAUCCGAAAGAACUACGCGUAUUUUCGCAUCAAUUACUUCACCGUUGUCGCCGCCGUAAUCGGCGUCUCUCUCCUUACAAACCCUUUCUCUCUUAUUACUCUCCUUGGGCUCCUGGCCGCCUGGAUCUUCCUCUACCUCUUCCGCCCGACCGAACCGCCGUUGGUGGUGCUCGGACGUACGUUUUCGGAGCGUGAAACCCUAGGCCUGUUGAUCGUUUUGAGCAUCAUUUUGGUGUUUUUAACGAGCGUUGGAUCUAUUCUCAUAUCGGCUGUGCUUGUUGGAUCUGGAAUUGUAUGUGCUCAUGGUGCAUUCAGGGUUCCGGAGGAUCUGUUUCUCGACGAACAAGAGCCUGGUGGUCCUAACGGAUUUUUAUCGAUACUCGGCGGCGCGGCUUCAAAUGCUGCUGCCUCCGCCGCUCCGAUCAUCAAUCCAGUUCGUGCUUGAUUUCGGAUGUAGAAAAUCUAAUAAAAGGUAUGAAAAUUAUACUAUCGUUUUGUUUCUGAAUUCUUUUGAAUAUAUGUGAGAAUCCAUAUUAUUUUUAAGGAUUUUUGUCCAUAUUUUUUAUGAGGAUUAUUGAAGCUUGAUUGUUGCUUCAUUAGAUAAAACUGAUAUUCUUGUAAUCUUUGAUUCAUGAUAGAUUCAAAUACAAUGUAAACCUUCAUAUUUCUUCUAUUAACGUUAAAUGCCAACAUUUUU